AUGUUUCCUUUAAUUAUUGCUGAUGUAUGUGCCAAGUGCUUCUCAGACACCAGUAAUUUAGUAGCAACUUUUUGCUCUAUAACAAACUCAACUCCAGAAAAGGCUCAGGAAUACCUUGGAGUUGCUGAUGGAGACUUAUCGACUGCAGUGACUCUUUUCUUUGAAAGCGGAGGCGUUACUGGUGAUUAUGGUAGCGAAAGUUCAAAUGCUGUUCAGCCUGAACAGACUGAAGAAGUCCGUGCUCCCAUUGCUCCUACAAGAGAGGUAUUGGUGGAUCCAAUGGCAGAUACUACACCUGGGCUAGGAUUUGUAGGUAACGAAUUCGGUUUUGGGUCAGGAUUACCUAGAAUGAACCGCAGACAAAGACGAAGAGUUGGAAUUUUUGAUCAAUCUCCUUCAGAAGUUCCUGUUGCGUCUUCUGCCGAUACCUCUUCAGAAGAAUCAGAAAGUAAUAGUCGUGCUUCUCGCCUUGCAAAGCUUUUCCGCCCUCCUUAUGAUAUAAUAUCUCAUCUUACACUGGAUGAAGCUAAAAUGAAAGCUACAUAUGAGAAACGAUGGAUCCUAAUCAAUUUACAAACUUCCUCUUCUUUUGAAUGCCAAGUACUAAAUCGUGAUUUAUGGAAAAGUGAAUCUGUAAAAGAGGUUAUACGCGCCCAUUUUCUAUUUCUACAGUUGUUGGAUGAUGAAGAAAUGGGUAUGGAAUUCAAGCGUUUCUACCCUGUGUUAUCCACUCCCCACAUCGCCAUUCUAGAUCCUCGUACCGGUGAGCGUGUCAAACAAUGGAAUGGAGGAAUUACUCCUACUGAAUUUGUAAUUGAAUUAAAUGACUUUUUGGAACGCUGCACCCUGGAUGAAACCAAAGACAGGAAGAAUCCCCUCGGUCCCAAAUCGCAAAAACCAGCUGAAGCGAUGACUGAAGAAGAGCAAAUGUCAAAAGCUAUUGCUGCUUCUUUAGGAGUUGAGCAAGAAAGAACUGAGAGUACUGGUGAAUCAUCCCAACCUAUUCAAGAGGAUGAGGAAGAAGAACAGGACAAUACGGUUCAUAAAAUUAAAUCAGAAGAAGGGAAAGACGAAGAGCCUAGUCCUGGACCCGGAGUCACCAGAAUUCAAAUCCGCAUGCCAACUGGUGCUCGUUUUAUCCGAAGAUUUUAUGAAAGUGAUCUCGUUCGCAAAGUAUAUGCCUACGUUAAGGGAGUUGCUGAAGGAGCUGACUCUCAGGCGUUUUCUUUGACAUUUCAACGUACAAGUUUGUGGAAUUCUUUGGAUAAGACCAUUAAAGAAGCCGGUAUACAGAAUACAGCGCUUCAGUUUGAGUUUCAAUAA